AUGCCGGACGAAGCAAAGCUUAGUCUGAAACUCGUCUUCGUGAAUGACGUCAACUCUGCCGAGAUGGAGGUGGCCCUGGCCUCAAAGGUCAGCGAGGUGAAAGCAAGGAUUCUACAGGAAUUUUGGCCCUCCUCUCAGCCCGCGCUGGAUACUGUGGAAAGGCUCCGGCUGUUUGCGGGCGGUCGCGAGAUCGGCGGCAAGGAGGACGACUCAAAACUGCUAAAGGAUAUCAAGAUUCCAGUGGUGUCCCAGGGGCCAACGCCCGUGCACGUAGCCGCCGUCCUGAAGGGUGGAUCCGGCGCCGCAAACGGACAGAGCAAAGAGGCGGUGAGUGGUGAAGCGUCCCAGUGUUUUUGCACCUUGCUGUGA